GUCUAGUUAGGAAGGCAAACGUUUUUCAAAAACUGAUCACUAGGCCACUGAACUACUAACUAGUGCUCAUAGUUGGACAGUAUGUUGACUUCAUUCAAAUAUAACUUGCCUGUUUGAUAGGCCACACAUUUCAUUCUGCUGUUAUAGUUCUAGCCAUUUCCAUUACCUAACUUAAACCAUUCUUCUAGAUCAAGCCUUUCAAAUAUUUGAUUAUCGCCUACUUGAAUUAUUUCCUUUGCUAAAAAUAAAUUCAGAAAAUCUGCAAGCAUGUUGAAAUCUAAAAACGGAUUCCAGUUUUCUCACCUAGAAGAGGACUUUGAUGAAGAUGAGCUGGGGGAGGGAGGAGGAGGUCUGGACGUUGAACUUCAACCCCAUUUGUCCAUUGCUAAUUCAAAUAAUUACGUACCUCAUUUAGACCCAGAUUCUACUUCUAGCCAGUCCGCUGUGUCAGAAAACAAACAGAAACUCAAUCAAGCUGGUCAAACAUCUGGUGAGCCCAAGACAACAACCUUGCCAGAUAGAUCUGGUCAGUCCAAGACCUUGCCAGAUAGAUCUGGUCAGCUGGAUGGGUCAACUGAAGACAAAGUUCAAACACCCAAUAGUGUGGAUCAGACUCUAAAGAAAGAACUCUCUCCUGUAGGAAAACAAGAAGCGCCCCAGGUGACACCAACAAACAACAAUACAGUAGCACUCUCUAGCAUCCAAGUUCAGUAUGCUGAAGGGAAGGUGGUGAUGCAGGAUGCCGUGGCAACAAGAGACGACGGCUCUCGCUACAUUGACACAGAAGGCAUCCCGUACAGGUGGUCAGAACAUGAGCGGCCACUCAGGAAAAGGAGACUUUUAUUGCUGAAAAUUUUUUCUCUUAUUUCCCUUGCAUUGUUUCUUCCUACGGGUAUUUUAGCCGUGUAUUUUGCCUUCAGAGCUGAGAAAGAGUUUCUGGAUGGCAUCCAACAAGGCAACAUUGAUCGUGCCCAGAAAUUUGCCAAGCGCAGCAAAAAUUUCACAAUUAUUUCACUAGUCAUGUGUAUAGUUAUUGUAGCGCUAAUUAUAACUGUAGUGAGUCGUCCAUAUUUUACAGACACAACCAGGGGUACUCUGGUGGGAUAACUCUAGUAAGUCGUCCAUAUUUUACAGGCACAUUAACAAUGGUGGGAUAACUCUAGUAAGUCGUCCAUAUUUUACAGGCACAUUGACUAUGGUGGGAUAACUCUAGUAAGUUGUCCAUAUUUUACAGGCACAUUAACUAUGGUGGGAUAACUCUAGUAAGUCGUCCAUAUUUUACAGGCACAUUGACUAUGGUGGGAUAACUCUAGUAAGUUGUCCAUAUUUUACAGGCACAUUAACUAUGGUGGGAUACACUGUUUACUUGAGGCCUUAAAUUUUCUAUUGGGUUAAGGAACUCACUAUUUUACUACAAACAUGCACUGAUUUUAUUGCUAGGAGGGUAUAAUAUGCAAUACUCUCUUCAAAUGUUCCAAAUGAUAUUCAUGAUGGUCAACCUCAGACCAGUGUUGUUUUUACUGUAAACCAUCCUCCACAUCCCAGUCAUCUUACAGCUGUGGUUUCUAAUCUCCAAACUAUCUUGUUCACUGUUUACAUUGUUUCAAGCACAGUUUCUUUACUGCUGUGACUAACUGAGGUGUUUUUAUUUUGAAUUCCACAAAACUGAUGACAUCCCUCACUUGUUUGGGUCUUUAGCCAUUUAUAUUACUAAUUAGGUUAGGGUUAGGUUUGCCUGUUGUCCCUCCUGGGACAUAGGCCGCUGACUAGAGCUUUCCAUGCAUCUCUGAUAUUACUAAUUAGCAUCUACAUUUUCAGGUAAAAACCAAAAGAACAAAGGUCUAAUUUUUUAUUUAUUUUAGAUAUCAAAGAAGUUAACUAAUUCUACUUAUCCAGAAAAAACCCCCCAGCUAAUUCUAGUUGUAACAAAUCGUUAAAAAGUAUGACUCUGUUGUGUCUUUUUUUUACAACAAUGAUGUACAUUUUUUUAUCACUUACAUUUUAGAGAUGAUUGUUCUUGUUAAUGUCUUUCAUUUUGUCAAACGGUUUAUUUACCUGCUAUAAAAAUAUUUAUUGUGAUCUUAUAAGCUCAAUAAUAUCUUCAUAGAACUUUAAAAAUGGUUGGAAACUAUGCAUAAAUGUAAAUAAUGAUAUAAUUUUUGUGUUGCUCAAAAACAAAAACCUCUGCUCACACAGAACAAUUGUUUCACACAGAUAAAAAUAAAAUAAUUAAAUGACUGAAACAACUUUUUAACAUGCUACUUUUUGUACUUGUUAACACUAUAUUAUUUGGUGAAAGAAAAUUUUCCAUUAGGCAUUGCUCAAUCAACUACAAUGAAGUCUGUCAACUCUGCACUUUUGCUCAUUUGGUAAAAAUAUUUUCAUAUAUAUAUAUAUAUAUAUAAUUGAGUAUGUAUCUUAGUUGAGGUAGUACAACUUGUGUAAAUAAUGUUAGCUAAACUGCUGCUACUGAAAAUUGUUUUAGGAAAAAUGUUGUAAACAUUGGUUUUUUUGGCUUAAGGGCAUUAAAAAAAACAAGCAGGUAUUAGUUAAUAAUGAUUGAAUUUAAUAAUCUUAUACUAAUAUAACAAAUUAUUGGGGAUAUUGAAAUUGGCAUUUAUCCAGAAAACUCUUCCAACCUUGAAAAACCUGGUCACUAGUGCAAUAGUACAACAUGGUAUUAGUGUUAGAGGAUGCCAAGUUGUUUGUAAAUACUUACAGACAUUGAUAGUAGCAUCUUUAUUUUGAACAGCUAUUACUUCAUGGCAAGAUUUGAAAUAUGUGGAUGUUAUUUUAACAUGUUCUGUCAUGUUAAUCUUUUAUUUGUCUUUCCCAUGAACUACACUUCUGUACUGCUGGUU